AUUAAACGAUAAUAAUGAUAAUGAUAUCGGUGAUUAUUCACCAUCAUUAUUAUCAAGCGAUUCAAAUGAAAAUAUCAACGAAAAUAAUGAUGAUGAUGAUGAAAACAAUUACGCUAUCCUUAAUGAUCUUGAAUCAAGAAUCGAUACGAUUAAUGAUCAAAUUCAAUUGAUAAUCAUUCAAAUUGCUAUAUUGUUCAGUGAUAAUGAUGAUGAUGAAUGUUUUCGCGAUAAUCAACAACAACAACAAAUUCGACAGCUUGAAAAUUUGAUCGAAUCACGUAAUAAUCAUCCAUUAGGAAUAGAAUCUCCUGAUUCCAAUAAUGAAAAUGUUGAAACCAACAAUAAUAAUGAUCCAAAUGUUGUUGAUCCUAACAACGAUAAACAAUCAAAAGUUGUUAUAAAAAAUCCCGGACAACAACCAUCAUUAUCAACGGAUGUUUGGUUAGAUUAUUUAAGUCCAGUUUUAUCGACAUCAUCAUCAUCAUCCGUGUCAACAAAUAAAUUUUGUGAAUUAAUCAAUUGGAAUGAAAUUGAAAAUAAUGUACAUUGUGAUUUGGAAAUCCGAAAUUCAUCAUCCAUAACUAAAUUUGAUCAUAUUUCUGAUAAACAUGACAACAAAACCACCAUAUCAAACAAUAUUAAUCCAGCUAAAGUUGAAACCAAAUCCAAUGAAUGGAUGGAUUAUUUAUCGCCUCAACAAUCAAAAAGAAAUUCAAAACUUGAAUUUCAAUCCUCGAUUAUAAUCCUUCAACCGGUUGUAAAUGAAACUUCGCAAAAUGUGAAAAAACCGAAUUCGGUUGACACUGAAUCUUUGAACAAACUAAAAGAAAAACCUCUUGAAAUAUCAAAUUCUUUUUCAGAUAUUUGGCUAGAUUAUUUAACUCCUCAAAAUGAUUCAAAUUCUGAAGAAAUUUUGGAAAAUAACAAACAGAAUUUGAUUCUUAUUGAUCCAUCUGAAUCAAUUGAAUCUGAAAAAGUAAAAGUAUCUGAUGAUUGGCAAGAUUAUUUAUCACCUCCAAAAUCGAAUGUGAACAAAUCAGAAUUUCGAACGUCGAUUAUAGAACCGCUUGAAAGUAAUCGUAAAAACGAAUUAGAUUUGCUUGAUCAACAAGAAGAAUCAAAGAAAGAGAAUCAAAUUGUAACGCAGGAAAAAGAUAUUGAUCCAAAAUCAAUUUUAAUCGAAAAUGGUGCUCAACAACAACAAACAAUCGAUACUAUCGUACAGAAUAAUACCGAUAAAAAUCAAUGUAAAAAAUCAAAGAAAAAAUCCAAAAAGCAUAAAAAGAAUCCAACAUCAAAAAAUAAUGUAGUGAUCAAUAGUGUCAUUGAUCCUGUAGAUGAUAAGAAAAUUUCGAUAAAUCAUUUGGAACCGGAAUCUAUUGAUUCUGGUAAUCAUCCAAAAUCAAUUGAUUGGCGUAAUAAAUUAGGUGUUGUAAGUAAUGUUAAAAAUCAAGAACAAUGUGGUUCUUGUUGGGCAUUUAGUGCUACCGGUAAUAUUGAAGGUGUUUGGGCUUUAAAACGUAAUGAAUCGGUUUCACUUUCUGAACAAGAACUUGUCGAUUGUGAUAAAUAUGAUAAUGGCUGUGGUGGUGGACUACCAACCAAUGCAUUCAAAACAAUCAUACAAUUAGGUGGUAUUGAAUCUGAAUCUGAUUAUCCAUAUGAUGCACAGAAUGAAAAAUGUCAUUUUCGUAAAUCACUUUCACAUGUAAAAAUCAAUUCCUAUGUUGAGCUACCAAAAAAUGAAACCUAUAUGAAAAAUUAUCUUUUCCAUAAUGGACCGAUUUCAAUUGGCAUAAAUGCAAAUGCAAUGCAAUUUUAUUUUGGUGGUAUUUCACAUCCACCUAGUUGGUUAUGUAAUCCUGGUAGUCUUGAUCAUGGUGUUUUAAUUGUUGGUUAUGGUACAGGUAAAACACGUAUUCUACAUCAAACGCAACCAUAUUGGAUAAUUAAAAAUAGUUGGGGAAAAACAUGGGGUGAAAAGGGUUAUUAUCGUGUAUAUCGUGGUAGUGAUACUUGUGGCGUUAGUCAAAUGGCAUCAUCAGCAGUGGUCAACUAAUUUGGUAAUUCCCGGGAUCCA